UCUGUGUUCUUCUUUAAAUUGCUACUCUUAUUUGUGUCUUGGAAUAUUUAAACAAAUAAUUAGGAAUUUGGAAUGUGGUUGUGCAUUUAAAUAAAGUGCUGGGAUUGAAAGAAUGAGUGGCAAAAAUCACAAGGAUAAACUGACUGCCAGAUCUUGUUUGUAAACCAGGAACCGCGUUUACUUACUCUACAUCUCAACAUGUCUGGUCGUGGUAAAGGAGGCAAAGUCAAGGGAAAGUCAAAGACCCGUUCCAGCAGGGCCGGACUUCAAUUCCCCGUCGGUCGUAUCCACCGAAUGCUCCGCAAAGGAUCGUACGCUGAGCGCGUCGGUGCCGGUGCCCCCGUCUACUUGGCUGCCGUCAUGGAGUACUUGGCCGCUGAGGUCCUCGAGUUGGCUGGUAACGCCGCCCGUGACAACAAGAAGACCCGUAUCAUCCCUCGUCACUUGCAAUUGGCCAUCCGCAACGACGAAGAGUUGAACAAACUUCUCUCCGGUGUUACCAUCGCUCAGGGUGGUGUUUUGCCCAACAUCCAGGCCGUUCUCUUGCCUAAGAAGACCGACAAACCCGCCAAGGCUUAA